UGCUCUAAUUCCCCUCUGUGGCCUAUUAGCCUAAAAAAAGCGAUGAGGUCGCAACACCUACCAGUGUGAAGUGCAAUAUAUCUGUGUUGUUUUCCCGGAAUCCACUGCGCAAAAUAAUCGCAUUUCCAGUCAGUUUUCCAUUUUUGGGGUUCUAGUAUAAGGCCUAACGUGUUCUUCAUAGCCUAUACGCAGGGCUGUUAGUAACCUACUCGGUAUUCCUUCACGCAAUUGUGGGGGUGGGGUACUCAUGUGCAAAGAUGUGAGACGAGAGACAGGUGAUGCGCUGUCUGCCUGCAUCCCGUCUUCAACAGAGGGAGCACUGCCACGGGACGAACGGUCGGAACAGCAUGAGGUGAGGGAUUCUUCCACUCAUCAUAUCUAAGCAGAACAGGGACCAUGAAAGCAGCCGAGUGGAGAUUUGAGCAGCUGUAUCAUCCUACGGAUAAUUCAGGCAUCCUUUCACUCUAAACGCGUUCUCUUUAUACCGACGUUGAAUGACGAGGCGGAAUGGCAGGUGGACGUCGAGGACUUGUGGCCCCACAAAACACUUUUCUCGAGAACAUCGUCCGAAGAUCCAAUGAUACCAACUUUGUUCUGGGCAAUGCCCAGAUUGUGAACUGGCCCAUUGUGUACAGCAACGACGGCUUCUGCAAGCUCUCCGGUUACCACCGUGCUGAGGUCAUGCAGAAGAGUAGCACCUGCAGUUUCAUGUAUGGGGAGCUCACAGACAAGGAGACGGGUGAGAAAGUUCAACAGAUCUUUGAGAAUUAUGAGAUGAAUUCGUUCGAAAUUCUCAUGUAUAAGAAAAAUCGGAUGCCGGUGUGGUUCUUUGUUACGAUCGCUCCUAUCAGGAAUGAGCAGGACAAGGUGGUGUUGUUUCUGUGCACCUUCAGUGACAUCACGGCAUUCAAACAGCCCAUUGAGGAUGACUCUGUGAAAGGAUGGGGUAAAUUAGCUCGGCUCACCCGGGCCCUGACGAGCAGCCGGGGAGUGUUGCAGCAGCUGGCACCCACCGUCCACAAGGGCGAAAACGUCCACAAGCACUCUCGUCUGGCUGAGGUCCUCCAGCUGGGCUCAGACAUCCUCCCGCAGUACAAGCAGGAGACGCCUAAAACUCCUCCCCACAUCAUCCUCCACUACUGCGCCUUCAAGACCACCUGGGACUGGGUCAUCCUCAUCCUGACCUUCUACACAGCCAUCAUGGUGCCCUACAACGUCUCAUUCAAGACCAAGCAGAACAACGUCACCUGGCUGGUGGUGGACAGCAUCGUGGAUGUCAUCUUUCUGGUGGACAUCGUGCUCAACUUCCAUACCACGUUUGUGGGGCCAGCCGGAGAGGUAAUCUCGGACCCCAAGCUGAUCCGGAUGAACUACGUCAAGACGUGGUUCGUCAUCGACCUGCUCUCCUGCCUGCCGUACGACGUCAUCAACGCCUUCGAGAAUGUUGACGAGGGCAUCAGCAGUCUCUUCAGCUCCCUCAAAGUAGUCCGUCUGCUUCGCUUGGGUCGGGUGGCCCGUAAACUGGACCACUAUAUUGAGUACGGGGCCGCUGUCCUGGUCCUGCUGGUGUGCGUCUUUGGCUUGGCCGCCCACUGGUUGGCCUGCAUCUGGUACAGCAUCGGCGACUACGAGGUCAUCGACGAGAACACCAACAGUGUGAGGAUGGACAGCUGGCUCUACAUAUUGAGCGAAUCGGGGGGGACGCCGUACCGCUUCAACGCCAGUGGCUCCGGGAGGUGGGAGGGCGGGCCAAGCAAGGACUCGGUCUACAUCACUUCCCUAUACUUCACCAUGACCAGCCUGACCAGCAUCGGCUUCGGCAACAUCGCCCCCACCACCGACGGAGAAAAGCUCUUCGCCGUGGCAAUGAUGAUGAUCGGAUCACUCCUGUAUGCCACCAUCUUCGGUAACGUGACCACCAUCUUCCAGCAGAUGUACGCCAACACCAACCGCUACCACGAGAUGCUCAACAGCGUCCGCGACUUCCUCAAGCUCUACCAGGUGCCAAAGGGCCUCAGUGAACGCGUCAUGGACUACAUUGUCUCUACAUGGUCCAUGUCUAGAGGCAUUGAAACAGACAAGGUGUUGCAGAUCUGCCCCAAGGACAUGCGGGCGGACAUUUGCGUCCAUCUUAACAGAAAGGUGUUCAAGGAGCACCCAGCCUUCCGACUGGCGAGUGACGGGUGCCUACGGGCCCUGGCCAUGGAGUUCCAGACCACCCACAGUGCCCCUGGAGACCUCAUCUACCACGCGGGCGAAAGCGUAGACAGCCUCUGUUUCGUGGUGUCCGGGUCCUUGGAGGUCAUCCAGGACGAUGAGGUUGUGGCCAUAUUAGGAAAGGGAGACGUGUUUGGGGACGUCUUCUGGAAGGAGGUGACCCUAGCCCAGGCUUGCGCCAACGUUCGGGCCUUGACUUACUGCGACCUCCACGUCAUCAAGCGUGACGCUCUGCAGAAAGUUCUGGAGUUCUACACGGCCUUCUCCAACCACUUCUCCCGCAACCUGCUGCUCACCUAUAACCUCAGAAAGAGGAUAGUGUUCCGGAAGAUCAGUGAUGUGAAACGUGAGGAAGAGGAGAUGCUCAAGAGGAAUAACGAGGCCCCUCUGAACCUUCCUCCGGACCACCCCGUCCGUCGCCUCUUCCAGCGCUUCCGGCAGCAGAGGGAGGCACGACUGGCAGUGGAGCGAACCUGUCAGGGGGAGCCACCAGAUGUGGAGAAGGGCACUGUCCACCUGGAGCAAACCAAGGACCAUGAGGUCCUCGCCUCCACCAGCAUCAUCAUGGUGACCGAGAGCCCUGCCACUCCCACAGCUUCAUCCACAUCUUUGUCUUUGUCCUCCAGGCCCUCUAGCCGAGUCAUGCUUCAUGCCCCUGCCAUCCAAAACGGCAACCUCAUAGGCUGCAAGUCUGCAGAGCCUGCGCCAAAGACCAAAAAGGGCUGGGGUUGUUUCAAGGAGUCUGUUGUGAAAGCAGGGUCGUGGAGCAGCGUUUCUAAGGCCGAGUCCAUGGAGACCUUGCCGGACAGGACUAAGUCCCAUAACGAGAUGUCUCUCAAGAAGACGGACUCUUGUGACAGCGGUAUUACUAAGAGCGACCUGCGCUUAGAUAACGUGAGUGACUCCCACACUCCGCAGGACCGGAGCUCUAUGCAGUCAGAAGGGAAGCUGGUUGUCUGUCCUAUACCCGUACAGACCAUGCACGCCUCUUUCCUGGAGCUGAAGCAGGAACUUAGGGGAGACAUCGGGUCUCUUAAUGGCCGCAUGGCGGUGGUGGAGGCACAGCUGGCCGAGAUGCUUCAACUACUAAAAUCGAAAAAGGCCUCUAGUUCGAGAAAGGCCUCUCACUCAUCCUGUUUCUUUGAGAUGUCACGACCAGCAUCCCCCAAUUCCCAUAAGGACGACAGCUUCUCACAACCUUGACACUGCAUGUUUUGGCAGUCUAUGCAGUGUUUCCCAACUCCAGUCCCUGAUUACCCUCAACAGCAGCCCCAGGCAAGCACACCUGAUUCAACUUGUUAAUUAUCAAGCCCUCAAUGAGUUGAAUCAGGUGAGUUUGUCCGGUGCUACACCAAAAAUGUGUCCUGUUGGGGGUACUGGAACUGGAGUUGUGCAACAUUGGUCUAUGGAACAUGAAGUGAAUACAUCCUAGAAUUCAUCCAGGAGCUGGCUGCGGUGUCGCAAUAUUGUGAGAGAGGUUUUGUGAAUACUUGGGCAGUAAGAUGUUCCUAAAUUAGUACAGAUGAGUAAUGAGGGAUUUUCUUACCAUUUUCUUCUUCUUCUUCUUAUUAUUAUUAGAUAUAGGGGUAAUCUGGAUUUUAAAAAAAUGCACAUCUGGAUUAUCUCUGCACCUUGAGGUACAUACUGUGCGAUAUUCAAUCGAUCUACUUUUGUAGGGGUUCAAACUGUAAACCGCAUAACGCAUUUGUUGUCUAAUUUCUUUUCAAUUGGAUUCGUUUUACUUUUAAUUUGGUCACACAUUUCACAUGGUAAAAUGACUAACCCCUUAAGGAGGUUUUCAUAAAAUCUGUGCACUCAGUUGGAAUUAGCAAUAAUAUUUUAUUGCAUUUAUAUAGUUUUUCACCAGGUCUCAAAGCACUUCAACUUGCAGGGGGUGAUGUGGCCAUGAUAACAUGAGCAGUGUGGAGCAGCAGCGAGGAUACACAUAUCUAAAAUGACAAUGUCCAUGAAUGGAUUUGCUUUCAUUAUAGUUUGUCAAAGGUUAAUGUAUUACUGGGAUAAAGUACAAUCUUGUAAAAUAAUGAUGGAUUGUUAUGUUGGAUAUCCAUCACUGCCCAAUGGCAGCGGGUACAUGUAGAUAAGCACAGUUGCACAAUAUGAACACAUACCAUGUGUGGUAUAAUUUCAGUGGGAAAGCUGGAUAUUUUGAAUUUUUGUGUGUGUUAAAUGUCCUCGCAUGCUUGGUCAUUAUAAUACGGUAUGAUGCUAAAUUUAAGUUACACCAAAAAUACAUGUUUGAGCCAUUUCUAAAGUACGCGUUUUCACCCCCAUCCAACCGUUAUAUUAUUUGUUUUUUUCCAGUCAACAACCAAACAAAUGUUGCUAUGCUAGCUCAAAGCACACAUUGGAAACAACUGUAAACUUGUUUAGUAAAGCAAAUUUACACAAAUAUCUUGAAAGCAUUGUGGCUUGUUAUUUACACCAUUGCUCUCUCCUUGUGGUAUUAAAAUGAAGGAAAAAUCAUGAUUGUGAACUUUCAAUGUAUGGUGGAAACCAUGGCAUCUUUUCAACCAACAUCCAUCCUAAAUUGUCAUGGCAAGAAAUCAAUAUGAAUUUGUCUAAACUAUGAAACCGUUGUGCAUUUUUGGUCAUCACUGUUGAUAUAAUAUGCAAAGUAUUGCCAUCUAUUUUGUGUCUUUCGCAUUUGAAUUGCAAUGUUAAAGGAGUAAAAGGAGAUACUAGAAUUAUUGGAACCCUUGAUAAAGAUGGGUUCCUCCUGGCAGAGGCAACAAGGUUUUUGGGCUAAAAUGCUCAUGAUGCCGUUGACCUUAACAAGGGCCCCAGGACCAGUGGAAGCAAAAUAGCUCAUAACAUCAAAAGAUCCACCACCAUAUUUUAAAGUAGGUAUGAGGUUAUUUUCUGCAUAUGCAUUCUUAUUUUGAUGCCAAACCCACCACUCCUGUGCGUGGCCAAAGAGCUCUAUUUGCACAGGUUCCAAUCCAAGUGCCAAUGCAAACUCCAAGCGUUUCCAUUGUGGGUUGCUCUCAAUUAAGUUUUUCUGGCAACCCUUCCAAAGAGCCUAUUUGCAUGGUGGUGGCGUCUAAUUCUAGAUUUAAAGACUUACUUGGUGACCUGAAGUUUUCCAUAAUUCUCCAACUUUGGCCCUUCAAUUUUUCUUUACAUCCCAAACCAUCUUCCUUACUGUGUGUGGGGACAAGAUACACAUGCAUCCACUAUCAGGCAGGCUUACGGUUUUAAACCUCUUAAUUGUUGACAUAAUAGUGGUAAGU